ACCCGAUGGUGCUCAGACGCUGCGGCUGCAGGUGAUGGUUCGCUUCGCAACGCUGGGGAGUGUCAUCUUCAUACAGCUGUCAAUGAACUCAUCUGAACUGUGCUUUUUCUUUACAAAUAUUAGUUAACCUACAUUUUAACAGAUAAACCGAUAGAAAUAAUGGCUUUUCCGCUUCUAUGAGAGAUGCGCAAGCGCGUGCCUUGAUUUGUAAACCUUGGGAAGGAAUUUUCGGAUCUUUGCAUUAGGACGUAGGCUACAUCUACAACAGCGUCGUUGUUUUGAUUUAAAAGGACAUUUGAUUCAUUGCGUCGAUCUGAUUUAUUCAUUCUGAAUCUUUUUUUCAGAUUAAAGCAUUCGCCUCGUUGUUAUCGAUCAUGGCAUGGCCCUGUAUUACCAGGGCUUGCUGCAUCAACCGCUUCUGGAGUGAUCUGGACAAAGGUGACAUUGCAGUGCCUUUGGUUUUCACUAAAUAUUCAGACGUGGCCGAGGUGCAACAUCUGCACCCGCAACCCAAAUCCUUAAUUUCUCAGAAUCCACCGGUGACCACAGAAACCCAGCCGGCCAAAGCGCUGCACGCGGCUGCCGAUGCCGCAGGACCAUCAUCGUCAUCUCAAGAUGGCUCGAGCGCUUCUGUGAUGCGCGAGGAUUUCAAAGCGUGGAGCGUGCGUCCCGAGAGAAGCUGUAAACCCAGAAACGAGUAUCAACCCUCUAAGACCCCUUUCAACAAUUUGACUCAGUAUCAAAAAGAUUAUAAACCGUGGCCCAUACCGAAGAAGGGAGAUCACCCGUGGAUUCCCAAAGCUAGCCCUGCUGCGUCCAGUACUAAGCCCGAGAGCAAGUUCUCCAAACACGAGCCUGUCACUUCUGAUGUGGAAACCGGCGUGGAGAAAUGCGAGAUCGAGGAGAAACUACACGAGAAAGAGAGUAAAGAAAAAAGAAAGACGUUAGAUAAGACAGAAAAAAUCUCAGAGGGCAUGAAAAAGGAGCAGGUGCUAACAGAUGUUGAAGUGGACGGGAAAAAAAGGUCAACAGCAGAUGCACUAAACAGGCAAAUUAAACAAGAAGUCAGAUCUGGAAGCUCAUAUAGGACGGAGUUUAAAGCUUACGCAGAUGUCAAACCAGUGAAACCGAUAAAAGCAAAAUCUCAGUAUAAACUGCUAGUAGACGAGAAGAGAAACAUGGAGACCAGUUACAGUGCCACCUAUAAAGGAGAGCAGGGCAAGCCUCAGAGCACAGAUAACAAGAUGAUGGAUCGCCGCCGGAUACGUAGUCUCUACAGUGAACCGAGCAAAGAAUCCAGCAAGGCGGAGAGACAUCACGUAUCACUUUCCAAGCCAAAAAAGACAACAAGCCAUAGCAAAACCCUGAAGAAAACAAAAGAGAAGCAAAUAGCAGGGAGUCAAGCUGCCAAGAAGAAAACUUCAGCUAGCAACCAGGAGCCAAAGCAAGAGGGUGGCGUCACCAAAAAAAGCAAAGAAAUGAUUAACAGACUAGCCGAAGGAAAAGAUUAAAUGCACUUUUGUGUAUGGGGAGGUAGGGAGGCUACAGUACAAAAUAGAGGACUAUCAUCCCCUCAAUAACUUACACUUAUGGCCCUGUCUACUGUGUCCUUACCUACUUACUGUAGCAGAUUAAAGAUGGUCUGCUUGAUUUGUCUUGACUGCGCUGCCACUGUCCAGUCUAUUAUGAAUCUAUUUUUGCUUUUGCUCUGCACCCUUUCCAUAUACAUCAAUAGCUUUCUCUGUGCCCAGCACCCUUUUAAUAUGCAUUAAUAGCUUUCUCUGUGGCAAAGAUCAUUCACUGAACCCCGCUGCAUGCUGCCUUUGAGAAAAUGGCCACCAGCUUUAUAAAAGACGAGGUUUUUGCUUUGUCUUAUAUUGAAACAUGUUUAUUGUAAACUACAGUGGGUUUUUUCAAGCAUUCGCAAUCGAAACGAUAUGGACUGUAUUAGAAGUAUACAGACCUUCUUAAUAAAUGCACCAAUAGUAUUGCUCACACAUUACGCAGUAAGAAGUUUCGCCUCUGUUAAAUACACAAUUUUGGAUGGAUCUGGAUCAAAUUUGUGUUCUACACUAAAACACAAAAAAGUCUUAACUUUGUAAAUUGCAUGAGUCUGUGACAGUAUGCUAGACCAGAAUUUAGUAAGUUAGGACCACAAGUCAUCAAGUUCACUUGCAUUGAUCGAUCAAAACGGUUCAUAACUGUUUUAAAAACAAUUUGAGGCAUGGUCUCUCUUAAAGUGUGAUUGUAACCUUGUAGUGUAGAGUGUUAUGCUAUCGAAACCUAUUUAAUCUCACUUUGCUCAGCUCUCAAUAAAACAACAAUCAAAUGUCAUGCAAUGCAAUGAAGGCUCAUGUAAACCUGCCAGUAUUGAUCAUUCGAUUGGGAAGAAUGUUGCUAACCGUACAACUGAAUUCCAUCUUUUGAAACUGUAAUGAUAGAUGAGCCCAGACAGACAAAAGCAUGCCCAUCACUAUCAUGCGUAUGUUCGUCACCAUUCUGGCCUGAUUAACUCUGUCAUUAAAGUGCCAGGAUGCUCCUGAGGGGUGAGAGACCACUCAGUGAGUAUUACAGCCUCUUGGUUUCUUGCUCCUUUUGGGUUGUCCUAAACACGUGCUUUAUGCACAACACUUUCGGUGCUAUCCUCAAGCUGUGCUUUCCAUUAGUGCCUGUAUAUUGAGCAACACAGGGCCACCAGAUGGUAAUUCUAUGUGUGAUGUGAUUGUGUUGUGAGCUUGCAUUGAAUGAAAAUGAUUAAAGUCAUUAAAGUAA